AUGCAGAUUUUCAUGAAAACCCUCACGGGGAAGACGAUCACCCUCGAGGUUGAACCCUUGGAUACAAUCGAAAAUGUAAAGGCCAAGAUCCAAGAUAAGGAAGGAAUUCCUCCUGAUCAGCAGGAACUAAUCUUUGCUGGCAAACAACUGGAAGAUGGACUAACUUUGUCUGACUACAACAUUCAGAAGGAGUCCACUCUGCAUCUUGUCCUGAGACUACGUGGUGGUGCUAAGAAAAGAAAGAAGUCUUACACUACUCCCAAGAAAAAUAAACAUAAGAGAAAGAAGGUUAAGCUGGCUGUCCUGAAAUGUUAUAAGGUGGAUAAGAAUGGCAAAAUCAGUUGCCUUCGUCGGGAGUGCCCAUCUGAUGAAUGUGGUGCUGGAGUUUUUAUGUCCAGCCACUUUGACAGACAUUAUUGUGGCAAAUGUUGUCUGACCUAUUGUUUCAACAAACCAGAAGACAAGUAAUUG